GCUGAGGGAAUGUUAUGACGCGGCGAGCGCGCUGUGCUCUGCGAUCGAUUAGCUCGUCUGUGCAGAAGUAGACAGGAACAAGCUAGACGGAUUGGCAAAGUCGGAACGAGUGUGAUUAAAAAAACACAAACAAAAUCCAGAAUCAGAAUUACGACAACCUCCAAGCUGUCAAAUUGACUUGACAAGCGGUGCAUCAUCGUCUUCGAUUAACUUAUUGGGAUAGACAAGGGAUCAAAAGAGUUGGUCUGCAGCUUAAUUGUGAAGAUCUGGAGAAAGAACAACCUGUUGGAUUUGUGACUGCUGGAUUUUAAGAGACCUGAGAUCACCUAACAUGCAAUAAUACAAUCUGGAGUACACCUGUUGUUUCACAUUGAAUGUUCAAGGUUUGCUUGCACUUAGACGCUUGUGUUUUGGUUUCACUAAAUUACCAAUGCACGGUACACCGUGUUUAACAAGAAUCUGCGCACUUUGGCUUCAAGUUACUCGCCUGUGGAAGCUUCUUCGAAUUUGAUGAACUGGAAGGUUGGACGUGUUGUUAAAAGUCAAAUCAUAUUUACUUUAAAUUUUUUCGGUAGCCUAACGUGAUAUUGGUUCACCAGCCAUUUAUCAGCCAUGUGGGGCGAGAAUUAAAGAUGUCAAGUUUUCAUUGUUUGGUUCACUGAAUCAUCCAAAAUAUGAGCUGUUGAAAGCUAAAGCAAUUCUCAUGACUUUAUAACAUAAAGCACUUCUAGCUAUUGUGAUGUGACAAAUCAGCCCCCCUCCCCUUUUCGCCCUGACGUAGCACCUUCGCUGUUUUGAUGAGGUGAACAUAUUCAAAUCACCACUUUGUGCAAAACAGCUUUGUGUGGUACAAACCCACUCUCCGUUUUUUGUUGCUGUGUGUGUCUUCAGCCGAAAAUGAGUGCGUAAAGGAGCUUUUGAGUGUCAAAGCAGGCACGACGUGCUGCUACCACAAGCACCCAUAAUAAGAGACUGGACGAUCCAAGACUCAAAUAGAGUUUCAGAACCCCUUGGAUUUGCUUCAUUUGUAUCCAGUCCACCUGAAUGCACGCAGUCAUCCUUGGUGAACUAAGGGUGUCGUGGAGAGUCACUCUGGCAUUACCGAUCAAACACAUCCGCUAUUCUUCCGCAACUGCACGCCUCUGAUCAAGAACAACACGUCUCCUUCUCUUCCACCACCUUACAAUUUCACCUUGGGCUGCACAAGUUUCACUUCCAUCCCCUUCUUUGCACCAUCCUGGAAACUGGAGUUUGCCUGUGGCAGGAGUUGCGGUUGUCCUGAGGCUUCAGAGCCUGUGAAAGUGCAUUGGUUGGGCCCUCUACACAGAUACAGCCAAGGACAGGGCCAUCGAACUACAGAGCCUUUGUCUCUGGGUUCAGGCCAUGAGGUUUGAUGCCUCCAUCCACUGACGGGAGACACUGGACCUAAAUGGCGCAGCAUGACUUUGUUCCUGCCUGGCUUAACUUCUCCACGCCUCAGCCCGCCAAGUCCCCUGCUGCCCCCCUUGAGAAGCAUGGAGAGCACUUUCCCCGCGGAGACAGCCGGCCGGGAGUAAACCGCCGCAGGCACAACUCUUCCGAUGGCUUUUUCAACAAUGACCCACUAAGAGCACCUGGAGGUGAUGGUUGGCAGCAGCCAUCUCUGUUGAGGCAUGACUCUGUAGAUUCUGGUGUUGCGAAGGGGAGUCAGGGGGGAUUGGGAGGUGGACCAGGGUGGAAGGAGACCCCCAGCUGGCAUGGGGCACAGAGGGGCCAGGAAGGUCCUCACCACCACCAUGCUCGGCAUAUCAAACGUGGUGGAGGCGAGAGGGACAGACAAGGGGGUCACCGACAGCGCAAUGGAAACUUUCAUCCACGCAAAGGUGGCCCAUAUCAGGACAGAUAUUCUGAUGAAGAGCGCAAUGAUGACAAGCUCAAGUUUGUUGAUGAGGAUUUUCCCUCCUUGAACCCAGAGACAACUGGAAAGCCAGCCAGUCAGCCUCGUGCUGUCGGGACUCCGGCAGGAGUAUGGGAGAACCCCCCUAGUGCAAAACAGGCUAUGUCUAAGAUGCUGGUCAUUAAGAAAGUGUCUAAGGAGGAUCCCAGUGCUGCAUUUUCGGCUGGUUUUGCCAGUGCUGGCCCUCUGCCCGCCAAUGGUUCUAAAGUCUCCAUCCCUGGACCCAGUGUCUACAAGAAUCUGGUCCCCAAACCUGCCACUGCCCCCACCAAGCCUGGGCCAUGGAAACCCAAUGGAAGGGAAACUAAAGUGGGUUUGCAUUUCUCUGGACGGGAUUCGGCCUUCACCAGCCCAGUUUCUGUGACCAAACCUCUGACACCCGUCAGUGCACCUGCCCAUGGCACUUCUAAAGAGCCGCCCUCCAGCACUACCCCUCCCAUAGACAUCACCCCCUCACGGCUAAAGCUGAUGCGGCGCAGCACAGACCGUAAGAGUGAGUUCCUGCGUGGGCUAAAGGAUGAGAGAAAUGGGGAUGUGAGUGACUGCCACAGUCCAGGAGCUCCAGCAGAGGGAGAGGGAAGUACCCCAGAACCAAAAGAGUUUGGAGAGAGUCAUGAGAACGGCAUCUCCCACUCUCUCAGUGACUCAGACCCAGAGCACUUGUCCAGCUCUCUGGAGGCGGAACACAGGUUGCUGAAGGCAAUGGGAUGGCAAGAAUACCCAGAAAAUGAUGACAACUUCCAGCCCCUCACUGAGGAUGAACUCAAAGAGUUUCAAGCUAAAACUGAACAGAUGAAGAAGAUUGGUCUGGGACGUAACGGUGUGCUCUUGAAGCCACGUAGCGUGGCCCUGCUAACCUGGAGGAACACCCCAAACCCUGGCCUGGAAGAGGGCUCUGAGUCUGAGACGAGCAGUAGCAGCCAGACCUCCGAUGAUGAUGAUACCUAAUGUGGCUUUAAACACCCCUCCCACAUUUCCCUUUCUCUCUUUCACUUAAUCUGUCGCCUCCAUCAGACCCAUUUCUUUCAAUUAAAAGAAGAGAGAAAAGAUUCUUUUCAUGGACAAGGAACAUCGGUCAUAUCCCAGGCGGAGAGAAAAAGAAUUCACUUGUCAGCUCGUAGGCAGUGUCUUUUUGUUUGAGUUUUUUUUUUUUUUUUU